AUGUUCUCCAAUAGGAAUGAAUCACAUGUCGUCUCGUACACAAUAGUGGCCAUGUGGAUUGCAAUGGUGGUGGGAUGUUGUGCCUCUCUAGUGAUGGCCGCCUCACCUACUGAAUUAAUUGUUAGUAAGCAGGCCAUUCAAUCACAACUUGCAGCUUUGCAAAAACAAUUAACGGAUGUUAGAUUGGCAAAAUAUACCUUGUCAGGAUUGAAGGAAGCAACUGGAAUUAUUUCAUCAAAUUCCAUUUCUGUCAAUGGUGUAUCAUCUUUGGAUGUGGAUUCCCUUGGAGCAGAAGUUUCUGAUCAAUAUCAAGAAUUGGAAAGACAUGAAAGAUCUGUGUUAUUGAAAAUGGCAGUUGUUCAAAGAAGUCUUGAAGUUAUUACUGUCAAUAUAUCCAUGUCUGGAUAUAAUCCAAUGCUAAAGAGAAUUGCUUCAAACAUAUAUGGAACAACAUACAUUGCACCAAAUGGAAGUUUAUUUUAUUAUGGCGCAAUCAAUUCUGCUCUUCUAAAUGGAAGACCUGGAUACGUUUCUGGUUCAUAUAUUCAAACUUAUCCAACUGCUGUUGACAUGUCUCCUUUGGGAGGUGAUGUUGUAACUCAAGUUUAUGGAGGAAGAUCAUACUUUUAUGCGGUAACCUCUAAGGGAGACGUAUGGCAUUGGGGAGGAAAUGAUGGCACCAUUGGUUCAAUCUGUUCUUGUGGUCCACAGGCAUCAGCUGGUUCUUCAUAUGUAUUGAGAAAACUUGAUUUUGGACUUAUUGGUAAGGCCGUUAUGUCAAAGAAAAUUGUUUGUGAUCAAUCAAUUGAUAACAACUACGGUCAGUAUGGAACCUUUGAUUGUUUCAUGCUUUCAAUGGAAGGGGAGCUUUACUUUAUGGGUGUGUGGGUUUUCGACGGUAAUAGUGGUUGGUCAAUUAGAUCAACGUACAAUUCAAACAAGGUCAGAAAGUUAAAGAUUCAAAUUAAUGGUGUUGAAAAAUUCGCAUCUGACUUGGCUGUAUCUCAAACAGCUGUUCCGGCUUAUUCUGCUAUUGCUGGAGGAAUUCUUAGAAAUGGUGCUGCUAUCUGUGUUAUUGACAGAGACAAUGCAACCAAUAUUUAUUGCACAGGUGAUAACAACGGUGGUCAAUUUGGAGAUGGUUCAAUUGCUCCAACAAAUAUUCCAUUGACUUUGGAUAUUGCGUCUACAAGUUGGGUCGUGGCCAAGACGCAAGCAUCGUCUUCAGGUGAGAUUUUCUCUCAAAUUUAUGGAGCCUUGAAAACUCUGUAUGCUGUUGGUGCUACAGGUAAGGUUCACUCAUGGGGAUCAACUGGUACAUUGUUGGCAAGAGUUGCUACCGAAUCAAAUGCCAAGAUUGGUAGAACAACCUUCUCCAGCUAUUUUUCAGUCUCAAAGAUUUGCACCUCUCCUGCAACAGACAUUGUCUUUUUGGUUAGUUCUGCAAAUAAUGAGGUAUAUGUUUUGGGAGCUCUGAAUGGAGACAAUUUUGACUAUCCUUAUCAACCACAAGCAUUCAAGGGAAAGCAAUUUGUUGAUUGUGAAGUCAAUGAAAAUAAUGUGUUUGUCCUCUUUGCUAAUGGACAAGUAUAUGCAAAGGGUAGAAAUGAUGCUGCACACUUAAUGGUUGGUUUCACAACACCUUCAGUUACUGGUAAUCUAAUGGGAUUAGUCUACCCAUUGACUGAAUCAUUCAUUCCUGUAUACUAUCAAUAAACCAAAAAGCAACUUUGAUACAAAGUCCUUUCGCUGUAUUAUCAUACUGUAAUCAUGCACCAAAAUAAGUCCAUUCCCAAAGGAUCAAAACACCCAUUCUGUCCAUUCAUUACUGGACUGUAGUGUUCAAUACGAAUUUGUAGAGAUGCAUCCUUAACUGAACUGUUACACAACAAUAUCUUUGCUUAGCAACAAUGAUAAUAUUGAUCAACGCGGAGAUUGUCUUCGUCCUAGCAUCAAAUCAUAAAAAAGACUAUUGUUAAACAAUGAUUUGGACACCACUACGCAUCAAUUUCACUUCAUCAUUAUCAUCAUUAAGGAAUAUGAAUACAUCAAAUAUCGGUAAUAACAAUAGAGGAAAAGGAAUACAACUCACACUAGCUCUCCUCAGCCUCAUUGUUCUAUUAACCUUAUUAUUUUGUAAUAACAUAAUUAGUUGCCAAAAACUUCCUUCCCCAACCGAUUACUUUUCCAAAAUUCUGCCAAAUGUUCUCAAGGACAAUAAGAAAACUCUCUCUGCACAAAGAGCUAAGCGUAUUGAUGAACUAUCAAAACUAGCAACAAAUUAUUUGGAAAUGGAAGAAAUGUUAGAAAUUGAGGAAAAGAUGCAAAUUUCCCAAUCGGCCAUUCAAGCAAGAAAGACCAAAAUUUUCAAUAUUGCCACUCUUAUCAAUACAUUGACCAAUGAAGUUCAAUUAAUUGAUAGUUAUUGCGAAAAUAGACUUGGACAAAACUGCGAAAUUCCAACAUGUUUUGGAAAAUACAAAGAUGGUGUUCAAGUGGUUUGUGGAGGAAAUGGUAAAUGUACUGAUGUCGACACUUGUCAAUGUGAUAAGGGAUACUCAGGAAUUGAAUGUACAUAUUAUAAAUGUUAUGGAAUAAUCUCCUCUGACUCUUCCGUUUGUUCAGGAAAUGGAGUUUGUGUUUCAUCUGACAUUUGUAAUUGUAGAAAGGGCUUCUUUGGUGGUAAUUGUAGUCAAACAGAGUUCACUGGAUACAUUAUGUAUUCAAAUGGUAAGAAUAGACUGACUGGUACCAAUAGUGUUCCAAAAACAUGUAGAGAAUAUUAUCUUAAUUAUAGAGAGAUGUGCGGCAUGUUAAUGUGGUACAUCAAACAUUAUGAAUUUCAG